AUGUUCAGUCUCAGGGUUAGAAGUGGAUGUGAUGCUAAAGGUCAAAAGCAUCAUCUUCAAGAUAAGCUUGAUCAAAUGGAUAAAUGCAACAAAUUAAGGAUCAAAGCUCUACCUGAGUCCUUUAAUGGAGCUCUUACAGAUUUAAAAGCUAUUGCAAGGGAAGGGCAUGUGUUGGUUGUGCAAAAUGUAAAGAAAGUUCGAGAAGAUGUUAUCCAGAAAAUAGAAGAACUUCAUGAAGACAUGGAAAAGGAAGUUGUAGCAUUAGAACACAAUUAUUAUUCUCUUCACAAGAAGGUGGACAUUAUUGUUGAUGUUGUAACUAAGUAUGAAACAUUGUACGAAGCUUUACUUCUGAAGGUUGCCACGAAGUUUGAUGAAAAUAACAUGAGUCUUAGCAAGAUUGAUACUAUGUUGGUUGAAUUGAAGGGAUAG